UGCGCGCCGAGGGUCAUCCGCUAGGCGAACUCGCUGGGCUGAGAACGGGUCUAACUCUAACGGGCGCAAGGUCUAGUCUAGUUACCCAGUUCAUACCACGCAGAAAGGUGAGAGCGGUAUGAGUGUGUGUUUGGUGAUUGUGUAACAGUGUAACGUGUACUGGCUGUGGUAUAACAUAAUCCGUCGCCGUGAGAGUAAGAGAAUGCAGUGACAACCAAUCCAGCCUGUCACAGCUUGUGUUGGUUUCCAGAACUUCAAGAAAACUCUCCUCCAGAGUUUGGGGGACGGUCGUGUACUCAGGGAGUAGGCAUUAUAAUUACACGAUGACUUGUUCACACACCGACGCAGAGGUGCUGUGAUCAUCAGCACGUGGGAACCAGUGCACUGACAGCCUCCCUUACGUUGUCAUUGCACACACUGAAUGACACGUACCAGUAUUGAGUAAGUUUUAUUAUUAAAAUGUCAUAGACCCGCGAGGUUGUUUAUUUUCAUGCUGCGGCAAUGGUGUCAAUGCUUGUGGAUUAACUUGGUUGGUGGUAGCGGAAUAAUAAUACUGAUCACAAGGCCUGAGUGGAUGACAGUCGAGGAGUUUUAAGCAAAUUAAGGAUUAUGCACUUAGUAACGCAAGGGUGGAUUGUCUCCAAAAAACCCAAGAAUGGUCAUGGUCCAGCAGUACUCCAUAUAAUGUUGAUAAAUACUUGAAUGUGUUCGCGAUGUCUGCCGAUUUUUGUUUGAAAGCGGUCUUAUGGAAUGCUGCCAUCUCCGUUAUUUUGACAUUAGGGACAGGUGCACUAUUAACAGGUGAUGUUAGUGUUAAUAGUGGUAUCGAUCGAGUAAAGAAUGACAUUGACAUCAAUAUUGCUGUUCUACUCCCUCGGUACCCGGUGGCGUGGACGUAUGCAGGGGACACUGUCCGGUACCCCUUCUUCUCUCAGAUGGUCCUCCCAGCCAUCUCGAUUGCCAUCGACAAAGUCCGCCGGACAACCAUGCAGAGUAGAAACAUCACAUUAUUACCCGUUGUGGACACCCAGUGCAAACUGAGCACUGGUCAGUUUCGCAUGGUGGACUUGGAGAUGAACUUGAAACCAGAUAUGUAUCUGGGCCCGGGGUGCGAGUACGCUACCUCGGGUAUAGGGAGGUUCUUAGGUCACUGGGGUGUACCUCACAUCACGGCCGGCGGGCUGGCCGAGGGGUUCCGUGGGAAACAGAGGGAGGAAUUCCCAACACUGACCCGUGUGCAGGGUAGCUACAGGAAGCAGGGUGGGUUUAUUGCCCGGUACUUUCAUCUAAACAAAUGGAAUCAUACACAGUUACUUUUCUUCGAGACGGAGAAUGAAAUCAAUGAUUGCUACUUAGCCAUGGGAUCGCUGUACAGAACACUACAUGUAGACAGAACUCAAGUCAGUUACCACGGAAUAAAUAAAAAGGAUGAGGAAUUUACAAAAGAGAUGUCAAAAACUUUACUGGUGGAGAAAGUCAAACCAGUGGCAAGAAGUAAGUGAUUUAUGUUGCUCUCUACGUUGUCCGUUGUCCAACCCAUGUCACAUUUUCAAAUUUAUUGGAA